UGUUAGCAACAGUGGAUUUCAUCACUCUGCAAAGGGGGACCCCAUCAGCAGUUCUAGUCGGACAGCAGACAUGGGUGCACCUCCUCGGGACUGUGAUCGCCCUUACGUCCCUCUGGGGACUGUGGAAACGGAAUUUCCUGCCCCUCUCUAUAGCGAUGAGUAUCUCACUCUUCCGGGCCCUAGAUGGGUACCCAUCAUCAAGCAUGGCCUUCGAUGGAAGUUUGCGCCUAUGGGACGUGAUGCCAUAGGACAGUGGUGGUACACAGGCCUGACUACGGAAAUCGACCCAAAUAUCUGGUACAACAUGGCUAAGCCCCUUAACCGGCCAGCCUACAAUCGAUGGCAUCAAUCCUAUAUCCAGCAGGAGCGGCUGUUCCCCCCUGCGUACACCCAGCAUCUUCGAGAAAGCCUCUGGUAUGACCCUAUCACCCCUGCCCAGUACAUGAAUCCCAGCACCCGCUGGGGGAGCUUUCGGUGGCAGGACAAGCAUUUUCCAGGAAAGGAGUUUGGUGAGUUAGAGUCGAGUGGGGAGAGUGGGGAAGCUGGACAUGGACGGCUUGUAGGGGACAGCAGAGGGCCAAAGGUGGGAGGGUUGGCUCGAGGGAAGAGGAGCUAUUGGACGGGAGAGGGUCAUGGCCAAGCUAUGCCCUACCCGGGAGGGCCAAACCCUGUCUUGGUCCAGGUCCAGGUUCAAGUGUCUCCAAGGUUCCUCUCAAAGUGAGGGAAGUGGCGCAGACCAUGAAAUGACGUCGUCCCUCCCCGUCCCCACCUUUCCCCAGUUGUUAACCGGACUCGCUUUGGGAUUUCACCGGGCAGAGGCUCCAGUUACGUGCCCUUCCUGUCUGAGUCCAAUCGGCCUUGCUAUACCAUCCAGAACUACCGGACGUGGAACUUAGAGCCCUACUCCCUGACCUCCAACCUGUGGCCCCGGCCUGUUCCCAGACCCAAACACUAAUAAAGGGGUAGCACUGCGGAGAAUAUCUCCCAGGGCCUUUCGGAGGA